AUGACGGAGCAGCUCUACGGCGGCACGGCGGCGCCGGACCCGGACUCCCGGUCUUCCUCCCUCCUCACCCCGGAGCAGCGUGCCGCCUUGCUCUUGGUCCUCGUCCUCUUGUUCUUCCUGGGCCUGCUGGUGGUGCGAUGCUUCCGGAUACUUUUGGACCCGUACCGCAGCAUGCCGGCGUCCAACUGGACCGACUGCACGGACAAGGGCGCCUUCGACUACGGCGUCGUCUCCUGACGGGCGGCCUGAGCGGGGACGAGGCGACGGGAGACGCCUUGACCUGCUGCCUUCUGACCGGACUGAGUGAGGAGCAGAGAAUAAGAUGGCUGCCGUGUGCAACUUUUUCUUUCCUUCCCUCAGUGACGCGCACCCGCUCGGGGCCGACAACGAGGCGCUCUAAAGGGGCUCCGUCGGUCGACUUAAGACAAUCGGUUCAAAUCGGUCGGUUUGUCUCCGAUUCAAAAGCAUUUCGGGGGCGUGCAAAGGUUAUAAGGGCGAGUUUUUAAUCUGUGAAUGAUGAAAUAUGAAUUUGUGCGUUUAUCAUAACGAGCUUUGAUGCAUCUGGUCGAGUAUGGAAAGGGUUAAGCGAAAUUUUGCUGUAAACCGAACGCUAUAUUUCAAUAUCGUGUCAUUUGUGUGCAUGAUAUAGCUCAUUCAUCGCCAUAAAUUCACAUAAAAAAAUAUGUACACUGAUGAUAAUACCAAUAAACUGACUAAUACAUGUUUUUCCCCAAAGUGUCCAUCGGGUUAUUCCAAAUGUUUUGCGGCCUCGUGAUGUCU